UGCACUCAAAUCUGCACUAUGAGAAACUUUUGGAAACUCUGCCACACUACAGUCAGUAUGGCAUUACCAUGGCAGCAUUAUCACAAAUCAAUGCUGUAUAUGUGAAUGGGAUUUUUAACAAUUCAUCCCAAAUCUAUUGUAACUGUAAUGGUCCUGUUACAUUGCCGCUACUACGGUAUUCAGGUAUGUCCCAAGUGAGAGACAACGACUCAUUGGUUACUCUUACGUUGGCCCCGAUGAAGAGGGGCCAAACUAGGGGUUGACUUUAAGAGCAGUGCCAAGUGUGGGAGUGUAACCUGAGCCGCGCUCAACAACAGCUGAAGCAAAAGGAAGGGGCAAGGAGUUACUGGCAGACAAGUUUCUCUUGGUGUUUCUUUCUUACAAAGUCUCGCUGUGACACCAAAAGUGGCGAUCAGAAGAGAGUGGCGAUGGCGGCCCGGACUGUCUGGACUUGUUUGGUUGCCGUUGUGCUUGUGCAUACAGUAGUUCUAGUCAGUGGAAACGAAGAGUCUCAGCUCAUAGCACAUAUUUUUAAGAACUACAACAAAAACAUCCGGCCAGCGAGGCACCCUGAAGACAAGGUGGACGUCCAGGUCAAGAUCACUCUCACCAACCUCAUCUCUCUGAACGAGAAAGAGGAGACUCUGACCACCAGCGUAUGGAUUGAGAUUCAAUGGUCUGACUAUCGCCUGACAUGGAACCCCUCAGACUACUAUGGGAUUGGUGUUAUUCGUGUACCCUCAAACAAUGUGUGGUUGCCGGAUAUAGUACUGGAGAACAACAUUGACGGAAAAUUUGGUGUAGCAUACUAUGCUAAUGUGCUAAUCUACGCCGAUAGCUCUAUUUACUGGUUGCCCCCAGCCAUUUACCGCAGCACCUGCGCUAUAGAGAUCACCUACUUCCCUUUCGACUGGCAAAACUGCACGCUGGUCUUCAGGUCUCAGACAUACAGCGCUAACGAGAUCAACUUGAUCUUGGCCGUCGAUUUGGAGACCAACAAGUCCAUCGAGUGGGUGGAUAUCGACCCUGAAGCCUUCACUGAAAACGGUGAGUGGGCCAUCAAGCAUCGGCCAGCGCGCAAACUCAUCAACCCACGCUACACACCAGACGACCUGGAGUACCAGGAGAUCUAUUUCAACCUCAUUAUCCAGAGGAAACCCCUGUUCUACAUCAUCAACAUCAUUCUGCCCUGCUCGCUCAUCUCCUCGCUCGUCGUACUCGCCUACUUCAUGCCUGCUAAAGCGGGAGGACAAAAGAUAACCGUGUCCAUCUCCGUCCUCCUCGCCCAAACUGUCUUCCUCUUUCUGAUCGCUCAGAAGGUUCCGGAAACGUCCCUCUCUGUACCUCUUAUAGGAAAGUACCUGAUCUUCGUCAUGUCUGUCACCACGGUGAUCGUCACAAACUGCAUCAUUGUUCUCAACUACUCCUGCCGGACCCCGAGCACACACACCAUGAAUCGCAAAAUCAAACAAAUUUUCUUGGAGGUGAUCCCUCGGUUCCUGGGAAUGACCCCACUGGUGGACGAGGGAGAGGACGCCGGAGGGAUGGACGGAGUGAGGGAGAGGAGACGCAGCUCGUUUGGCUUGAUGCAGCGGGCAGAGGAGUACGUGCUGAAACAGCCGAGGAGCGAGAUGAUGUUCGACAAGCAAAGAGAGAGACACGGACUCACACGGUCAAUCGUGGACGCUAUAGAUGUGAGCACCACUGCAAGCCUCUAUAAGAGUUUGGCCCAUGCUGCACCAGAGAUUAAAGAGUGUGUGGACGCCUGUAACUUCAUCGCAGAGAACACAAGGGAGCAGAAUGACAUUGGUUCAGAGAUGGAGAGCUGGGUGCUGAUUGGCAAGAUGAUCGACAAAGUCUGCUUCUGGGUGGCCAUGUUGCUCUUUUCCAUCGGAACGGUGGCCAUUUUCCUCAUGGGCCAUUUCAACCAGGUCCCCGAGUACCCUUUCUCCUGGGAGAAUAAAAAAUACGCUCCUGAGUAAAGCGCCAGUUGUUCCUGUCUCAUCCUGCUCUCACAGAGACAUUGAAAGAGAGACAGAAACACACACAGAUACAAAGCACAAGCAUGGUGUUAGACAUAUUCAGACAAACGAUGAGCGUUUUAUGAGCAUCAAAUGAUGCCUGAGUUUUUGUCAGGAGUCCAAGGAAGCGUAACAAUGCAGAAAAAAAUGUUGUCCCAAACCACAUUCUUUUAAUGGCAUGUUGAAAUCAGCGCUCCACCUAGAGAAACUUUGGCCUCCUCUUCUCACGUGGCAUUUGGAGGUGCAGUUUGUAAAGUAAUUUAAAGAUUGUUUAAAUGUGUGGUCCUGCUUCAUAUGUUUAAAACUUACGUUUACAUUUUGCUUCAGGCCUCCAUUUUUGUCAGCUGGGAAAACGAGGCACUUAAUGAUCAUUUGAAUAGAGGAUUUGGUGUUUAGAUAAGGUUGAGGGAUGGAUUUGUUUUGGGCUUCGCAAUGACAGCAACAGAUGGAAAAGUGCUUCUUUAAUAUUUGAUUUCAGACACAUGGUCGUGCUUCUAGAUUAUCUGCAGAAAUGCUAAAAAAGUGGUUUAUUUGUUGUUUUGGUGAAUUGAUCCACACAGUGUAUAGUGUGGGUUUUUUUGUUUAAGUUUUUUUUAAUACAUUGAUUGCUUUUACAAAACUUCCCCAUUCUCC